GGCCACUCGUUCGGCCGUUGCCCAUGCGGUCGUCCAUCGAACACAUGCGCCGCAUCAUCGGCCAAACUCGCUCUCUAGGUCUGCUUCAUAACGCCUGGCCAUCCGGAUAUGUGGACUGACAUGAAUAGGAGGGACUUCGUAUCAUCAUCAUCAUCAAUUAUCUUUGGGAAAGAACCAACGAAUGUCAGCCUCGCUGGCUACCGUGUUCGACUUCUGGAAAUCAUCAUGAUGGCGGCAGCUCAUUAUAUGACCGGGCUCGCAUCGCCGGAGAUUGCAGAAGACUUCGGUUUCAAUCCCAUAAGUACGUAUAUCAGCUGGUGUGCUAUAUGGAUUUUACUGGAAGUAAAUUUUUUAGUGUGCAUCGUGCACAAGCCUGAGCGCUGAACGGACAACCCAGUGACUGUCACGGUAUCGUUUCCAAAUAGUCGUCCAGCAAAGCGGUCUUCCGAGUUGGCUCCAGUCC